CCUUGUUUCAGUGAACAGAAGAAAACUAGUAAUCUUGAGGCUUAUGUGAAAUGGUUCAAUAGACUCUGCUAUCUUGUAGCAACAGAAAUUUGCAUGCCUGCCAAAAAGAAACAGAGGGCACAAGUCAUCGAAUUCUUCAUUGAUGUCGCUCGGGAGUGCUUUAAUAUAGGGAACUUUAAUUCACUGAUGGCAAUCAUCUCUGGGAUGAACAUGAGUCCAGUAUCCAGGCUAAAGAAGACCUGGUCAAAAGUGAAAACAGCCAAGUUUUUUAUUCUUGAGCACCAGAUGGAUCCUACUGGCAAUUUUUACAACUACAGGACUGCCUUAAGGGGAGCUGCUCAUCGGUCCCUAACAGCACACAGCAACAGGGAAAAGAUUGUAAUCCCCUUCUUCAGCCUUCUGAUCAAAGAUAUUUAUUUUUUGAACGAGGGAUGUGCAAACCGCCUUCCAAAUGGGCAUGUCAACUUUGAAAAAUUCUUGGAACUGGCUAAACAAGUGGGAGAAUUCAUAACAUGGAAACAAGUUGAAUGUCCAUUUGAACGUGAUGAUAACAUAAUCCACUAUUUACAUACCGCCCCUAUAUUUAGCGAAGAUGGUUUGUAUUUGGCUUCCUAUGAAAGUGAAAGUCCAGAAAACCAAACAGAAAAAGAGAGAUGGAAAAAUCUAAGGUCAACUAUCUUAGGAAAGACUUGA